AUGAAUAAACUUUGGGGAGGAUCCAGGGUCCAGGACGACAGUCCGCGGGACUCGCUGGAUCAGGAACGAGAAAAUGCGCCGAACGAGCAUACUCGUUUACUGCCGAAUAGAGUCGACAGCACCAAUUACUUAAGUCCGGAUGAUCCAGCGGUUUCGCCGUAUAACUUAUGGAGUGUUCGAAUUGUUAGGUAUCUUACCGUCCUCUUCGCCAUUCUUACAUUCGCAUGGUGGAUUAUCUUACUCGUCUCAACCUUCGUUACGCCUCCGGGUUUUCAUACGCGGGGAUCGGGUUUCUUCGCUUUUAGUUAUGCUAGUUUAACGCUGGCGAACCUGCUAUUUACACUCAUAUUCUUCGCUAUCCCGUCGAAACCGGUUCGAAUAUUGAGUGUAGUUUUGGGAGUGUUGUUGUUAGUCAAUACUAUCUUGUUGCUGUCUGUAGAGAAGACAAGACAUGAAGAGGGUUGGGUUGGAAUGGUUAGCGUGCUAUGGGCGUUUCUUAUGGCUCUCUGGACCCUACUCACCGAUCGUUUGGUUGAAUGGGGUAAAAAUGAAGAGGAAGAACGGCUGACUGGCCGGGCCGAGACACGUCGUACUCUAACCGAGUGGACUGCUGUUCUGCUGUCUACUAUUUCCAUGGUCAUACUUAGCCUUGUCGUCCUUCUAACAACCUGUACUCUUAUUCUCCGGGGCCUCGAUGCUGGGUUAGCACCGCCAGGGGAAUUGUUCUGGGUAGACGGAGACAAAUACAUGAUGCAUGUCUACUGCCAUGGAAACAAGACCAAUUCGGAGGGUAACAAGUUACCAACCGUUUUAUUAGAAGGAGGGGAAAGCCCAGUUGAAGACGGCCUGUGGCAAUUUGCCGAAAAUGCAGUCAACAACGGAUCCAUCAGUCGAUACUGUUUCGUUGACCGUCCCGGAUUUGCUUGGAGUGAUACCGCACCUUCGCCCCUGUCUGCUGGAAUGGCAGUUGAGGCUGUUAGCGAAGCCUUGGCUAGAGCUGGAGAAGAUGGUCCUUGGGUCCUCGCGAGUGCUGGUAUUGGUUCCGUAUAUUCACGCAUCUUCUCUGCUCGACAUGGUGGCGACAUCAAAGGACUACUUUUCAUCGAUCCGCUCCACGAAGACGAUCUUGACGGCGUAGGUUCACCUAGCCGAGGAUUCCUACUCUGGAUACGGGGUAUAAUCUCACCCCUUGGUCUCGAUCGUAUUCCGGGAGCUCUUUUCAAAGGCCGAACCAAGGAAGACCGCAUAUGGGGGCAAUCCGCAUACCAGACAGGGAAAUAUGUGUUUACGAAGUUGCAAGAAAAUCUGGUAGCCGAUACGUUGUCGAAACGUGAUCUGGCUAGUAGCACAGCGAUUCAAAACCCGGACGUCCCGUUGAGUGUAAUCAGCUCUGGGGACAUGAUCCGCAGAGACAGUGGAUGGGAAGAUAAGCAGAGGGAUCUUAGCCAUGUCACACACAAGUUGAAGCACUGGGAUAUCGUUAAUAAGGCGCCGCAUCGAGUCUGGGAGACGAGCGAGGGGCGCGAUAUUAUUGAAAAGAGAUUGAAGCAGUUGGUGCGUGCCGCAUAG